UCCGGAAUACGGGUGGGGUACGGGUUACCUGGACCUACUGAAGAUUGAUUAUCACGACCUGUUUAUACGCCUCGUUUCCUCUACUUUUGUAGACGGCGUGGCUAUAAUUUUACUUCCGGUCUUCCUGACUUGUUUUUGUGACGGUAAAGGCUACAAGAAUGGCUGCUAAACCUCAUCCACCACUAAUGAAAAAGCACAGUCAGACUGAUCUAGUGAGUCGGCUCAAGACCCGCAAAAUCUUGGGAGUUGGAGGAGAGGAUGACGAUGGAGAGGUGCACAGGUCAAAGAUCAGUCAAAUGCUGGGUAAUGAGAUUAAGUUUGCUGUGCGUGAGCCUGUGGGUUUGAGAAUAUGGAUCCUGUUCUCAGCAGUGGUCUUCACAGUGAUGGCCUUAAUGGCCUUGGCAUUCCCUAAUCAGCUUUAUGAAGUCGUAUUCGACCAGGAGCAAACAGCCACCAGUGUCUCUAUACGUCUGUAUGGAGGGGCAUUGCUGAGUCUCUCUCUAAUCAUGUGGAACGGUCUGUACACUGCUGAGAAAGUUAUCAUCCAGUGGACUCUGCUUAGUGAAGCGUGCUACUUUGCCAUCCAGUUUUUAGUAACCUCCGUCACUCUGGUGGAGCUGGGCCUGUUGUCAAACCCUGCCAUCCUCCUCCUCCUCAGCCGCAUACUCUUCCUCACCAUCACCCUCUCGUACUACUACCACCUGGGACGUCGGCCUAAAAAGAUCUAAAGAUCCCAUCCCCACCGUCUAAGAGAGGGUGGUGUAUGUGGGAGGUGGGGCCACAUCUGAGUUUUAGCAAGAAGCUUUAAACACUGAUACGAUCAACUUUACCAACAUGCUUUGGCAUGGAUCCUCACACUUGACUACUGAUCAGAUCUAACUCUCGUUUUGCAGAUUUUUUGGUUUUAAUUUAUUUUUGCCCUAUAUUGUUUGUAGUUGAUUCCAAGUAUACCUCUAUCUCCUUUCACACGUCAGUGUAGAAAGAUGAAAGUUGUGCACGCUUCCUUCAACGUAUGUGAGGCAUGCCACUGCAUGUUUUAAAACCAUUAGUCAAGCAGUGCUAUACUCAUGGGACGAUGUAGACAACCCAUUGGCUGGUGCAUUGCUUAGCAACAGGAAAGGAGGUGAUCCUGCCAUGCUUUCGUCCUGGUAAGAACGGUGUCAUCUGCCCUGGCUCCUGGCCACAGAAGGUGUGUGGCACAUCUGGAAUUUAACCCUGAAUCCAAACAGUAUGGUUCUCCUCUGUGCCACUAAAUUUCCUUAUUCUUCCAAUAUCCAACUUAAACACAACAUGGGAACAUGGCUUUAACAUGUAUAUUUCUUCUUUGUUUUUUUUUCUUUUUUACUCUGAGAAACUCGCACCGUUGUAACGUGAAUUUUUUUUUUUGGACUGUGCAGUUACUAUGUAGCUAUUCCUGAAGCAGAGUUUGUCAUGUUUUUGCACACCAUAGCUCAGCUUGGAAUGCUGGGGUUGUUGUUUGUAGAAAUGGAAUAAAUGACAAUAUAAAAGUUCUUUUUAUAAUUCCAGAGACCUCUUAGCUCCUACACAUGUGACUCGUGUUGGUGUAAGAGUGGGCAGUUAACACUAGAAUGUGUGUUUUUUAUGUACAAUCAAGGCUUUUUGUUUUGUUUGUUUUUUUUUAGAGACUCUCAUUAUUGGAAAAGUGUUAGUCUUCUACAAACAUGACUUCCUGCUGCUCAUCCUUGAGGACCAAGAUUCCCUAUUCAUGAGACUGGUUUUAAGAAAGAAAGAGAAACAAACAAACUACCUAGGCCAAAGGCCUUCUUCUAAUAUUUCUUUCUCUCUUUCAAGUGCAGAUUGGUUUGUGUGAGUAGUAGAGGUACUGGCUCUGAAGUUUUGCGCGGUGACAAACGUCCAACCUAGCUUUGAAGCAUUUUAAAGUUUAAUCUGCAAAACAAGGAUGAUCAGAGAACAGUUCUCUGUUAGUUGGGGUACAGAAAUCAGUACAUUCACUGGCCCAGAAUUAUGUUUAUUUAAGGACGUCUUCACCUAAAGUAUAUGUAUUUUGAGUGCAUUUUUCAGCAAACUGAAUUAAUUUCUUCUUAUUUCUUCUUAUUAAAUAUCGUUUCUGUCUGUAGUCAUAGAACUUUGUUUUAACAGACUACUUUUUUUCUCAAAUGUUUAUGCAGACUGAAAGCCUCCAGUGGUAGCCAGAUUGUUUUGCAUUUAUCAGGGAUUUAAAAAAAAAAAAGCCUUGGAUUAUGGUUAGUCAGCUCAGCUUGUCUGCCUUUCAUCUGCUCACCUGAUCUUUGUAAAAAUAAAGGGGUUAAAGCAGAUGUUCCCAAACUUUAUGAAAAAAAUGCACUCUCUUGAUCAUCUGAAGAUUUUUUACUUCAGAAUCAGUUGGAAUAUAACUGGCUAGUAUGUAGAAUUUUAAUAAUUAAAAGAAAAGUGGCAAAGUUUGUUUUUGAUGGCCUUGCACUGGCCAAUGGAAUGACAAAGUAGUAUUAAAUUACUAUUAAAAUGAUUGUUAAAGAAUGACUAGUAAAGUAUUUAAGAUUAGAUUGCCUAGAAGAUAAAGAGAAAGUGUUUACCAGUAAUGUCUCUAUAAUGAAGAUCCAGGGCAGAGUAGCAAAAAGACAUUUGCUUCAUAUUAAUUUACAAUGUAGCAGAACUUUCCCUUAUAUCUCUUAUAUUGCCUUAAAGUAGUCAGCAGCCAUAUGUCCACAUGAUGAUUCGCUGCCAAUAUUAUAUAUGGGUCUCUGGAUUGUGCAGAAGAAGUCUAUGUUUUUGAUUCUUAAAUGAAGCAUUUUGUGCUUAAACCUUAUUUAUUUGACAGUUUCUGAGUAGUAUUACUGUUCCAGUAAAAAUACCAUUAAGGGAUAUUAACAUUGAUCAAGCAUGUUUUCUUCCCAAGCAUGUUUUAAAACACUGACAAAAAAAGAAAAGCAUAAAUAUUACAUGUUUAACCAGCAACAUUCUUAAAUGUUGUCCUUAAUAUCUUAUUGAUAAGGUAUUGAUACUCUCCUUUACCCUUUACUGGGAUGAACCUGAACCUGUUUGUCGUUCAUAAGCUGUAUUUAAACUGGAUUAGUUUUACCAGAGGAGGUUCGGUAAUGUAAUUUGUGCGUGAUCUGACUGGCCGAUUUGUACAGGAUAAACAUUCUCGUGAAUAAUUUCUCCAAAUUGCACCAAAUAGCCUAGAUCAAAACAUCAUCGUGCAGACGUUUACGCCAAGAAAAACCAUCAAAAUACACUCACAGAAGCCACGUUGUGUUGUUCUCUAUCUGAGGCGAUGCGUCCGUGUGUCUACCAUGUUGGAGCGAUGAGAUGUCGAUUUGAGCAGGUCUGCUAUUGCUGAAAAGCUCUGAGUUUGGCGAAUUAUAGGAGGUAAUUCACUCCGGAAAUAUUACUUAGGAAACUUGUAAAAACUAUGAACAUGGCAGAUUUAUACUGAAUCAAAAUCGCUGAGCUUGUCCAUACUCACUUCAAUUACAGCACGUCCCCAGGUAAUACUAAUCCUACUUGAAUAGGGCUAUAUGGCAAAUUCUAAUAGCCUGUUUCCUGAAGGAACUGAAGGGACUAAAUUUUCAUUCAGCACAAACACAGACAUUUAUGUGGGUUUACAGCUGUUCUUUAGAUGGUAUCUUCAGCAUCACAAGGAUUUGUGUUCUUUUUAAAUGCAUAUGUGAGCAUAGUUAUAGAACUGCAUUGUUCUUUUUUUGGAAUAAAGAAAUGUUCUAAGGACUGAAA